AUGGCGUUGCUAAGUGAAAAAACAUUACCUAGUGUUAGCCUGGGCUAUAGUGAAACCAGAGAAAUCCCUCCCGUUCAGGUGGUUGUAAGUAGAGGAAAGACCUUUACUCCGGAGAAACCAAAAAAAUCUAGAUCGAGAAAACAAGGUGUUGAAGGCAGAGCAAAAGUAAAAUCACGAACACGUAGAAAUCUUGGCCACAGUUACUUAGAUUCUAGAGGUCGACAACGAGAAGCUAGAGUAUUAGGUCCCUCAUGCCAGUGCAAGAAGAACUGCAGACAACUUCUCCAAGGAACUGAACCCAGUAUAUUCAACUCAUUUUUGGACUUGAACACUUAUGACCAACAAAAUACUUAUCUAUUUUCUACUCUAAAAGUUAUACCGAAAAAGAGAAGCUACAAAAAGAAGACUAAACGGCAGGAAUCGGCUCGAAAAGUAACGAAUCCAUAUUUCGUCAAGGCAAAUGUAGUUGACGUUCAAAUAUGUAAAACCGAGUUUUUAUCUGUCCAUGGCCUUCAAAACUCCAGUAAGCGAUUGAAAUUUCUUGCUCGGCAAAUUUCUGAAGGCAGAACAACUCCAAAGAGGGAUGGCAGAGGCAAACACCAAAACAGGCCCAACAGAACGUCUGCAGAAAGAGUUCAGUCUGUACAUGACCACAUUCAAGCCAUUCCAAAACAUGUGAGUCAUUAUAGUCGGAAAGUCAACCCAAGCAGAGUAUUUUUGAAGCACGGCCUCAACAUAUCGACACUGUACAAGGAUUAUUAUGUUGAAUGGUGCAAGGAACGUGCAAUAGCACCAGUAAAAGAAGACCGGUAUAGGAGAAUAUUCUGCUCUGAGUACAACAUAGGUUUUAAGUUGCCCAAGAGUGAUACUUGUCAUACGUGCGAUCUCCUAAAUAACCAAAUGGAAGCCAACAAAGAAAACCAAGAUGGAUAUAACAAACUCAGGAUACAACUGCAGCUUCAUCAGACGAGAGCAGUUGUCAUGCAGGAAAGUUUGAGCAAAGAAGUAUUAGACAAUGCAAAAAAUUACACGAAGGAUAUUAUAUCCUUUGAUUUGCAGCAGACUCUUCCCACGCCUUCGCUCACUGUGGGCCCUGCUUUUUAUCUACGCAGUGCUUGGACAUACAACCUUGGCAUUCACGAUGGUGUCAGUGGCAAAGCACUGAAUGUCAAGAAGAUCCAGGAUCUGAAAAAGUUCUUAAAAUACAUCCCACCCGUCAGUCAGCAGUUUUUUGUAGAUAUUGUGGGAGAUACUAUUGCAGCAGAGUCAGAUUAUGAACAGACAGAAGGAGAAGAGGGAGUUGAGAACAUAUAUGGUGAUGAAGAAGCGGCGGAUAUUGAAUAA